CAGAAGAAGCAGGAAGAAAAUAUUAGAAGUGGACAUACGGAGCUACUUGUGUUAAUGAACUUUUCCAGGCAAUAAGGAGGACAGUUCAGCUGUGCUUUUGACAAACAGGAGCAGCAGAAAACAACAGAAUGGCUUCAAAUAUAUCACCAGAGAUGGACUGUACCUGCCCUGUGUGCUGUGAUAUAUUCAAUGACCCUGUUGUCUUAUCAUGUGGCCACAGCUUCUGUAAGUUCUGUAUUCAGGAGUGGUGGAAACAGAGUACAAAUCAGACAUGCCCAGUGUGCAAGAAGAUACUUCCAAAGGCCCAACCUCCGUGUAACUGGGCUUUGAAGAAACUCUCCGACAGCAUGAGACAAGAGAGGAAUAAGAAAGCUGCUUCAGAAUCAGAGGAGUUUUGCAGUGUGCACGGUGAGAAACUGAAGCUCUUCUGUCAGGACGAUCAACAGCUCAUCUGUGUGAUUUGCCGGGAUGCAAAACAACACAAGAAUCAUAACUGUGUUCCCAUCAAUGAAGCAGCAGAGGAGCAUAGGACUAAAGUGAAGGUUUUGAUAAUGCACUUGAAAAGCCAACGUGAAUCAUUUCAGACAGAGGAAACCAAAUGUUCUAAAAUGGCCAACCACAUCCAGCUGCAGUCCCAGCGGACAGAGAAGUCGAUCAAAGAAGAGUUUCAGAAACUUUACAAGUUCCUGCGGGCAGAAGAGGUCGCAAGGAUUGAUGCAGUGAGAAAAGAGGCGAAGCUCAAGAGUGAGACCAUGAGGAUCAGAACUGUCAACCUAACAUUAAAAAUAUCCUCACUCACAGACAGAAUAGCAACUGCAGAGAAAAAGGUUAAAGCCGGAGACCUAUCAUUCAUGCAGAAUGUCAAAUCCGUAAUGGAGGGAUUGCAGUGCACAAUGCAACUACCAGAGACUCCAUCAGGUGCCCUGAUCAAUGAGGCCCAUCACCUGGGAAACCUCCAGUUCACAGUGUGGUGGAAGAUGAAGAACUUAAUCCAGUACACUCCUGUGAUUCUGGACCCCAACACUGCUGAUUCACGGCUGACUAUAUCAGAACACCUGACUUCAUCAACAGUGAAUGACAAGGACCAGCCGCUUCCAGAUAACCCUGAGAGAGUUCAGGAUGAGGCAGUCUGUGGCUCUAAAGGCUUUAAUUCUGGGAAACACAGCUGGGAUGUAGAGGUUGGUGAUUAUUGGGAGGUUGGUGUGGCCCUUAAAUCCAACAAAUCUUAUAGCAAAAUCUGGAGCAUUUACAAGGGUGUCUGCACUAACAUUGUGCAUGAACACACUCCAGAAGAUUAUGUGAAGUCUGUAUGUGAAGAAUCUUUGCCCACAAAGAUGAGAGUACUCCUGGACUGUAACCAAAAAACACUGUCAUUUUUUGAUCUUGACAGGAAAAUAACUGUACACACUAUGAAAUACACUGGCACAGAGCAGGUUUUUCCAUAUUUUUGUAAGAGUGUAAAAAUUUUUCCUGAUGAUUUGUCAUUGGUGAAAAAAUCAACCUGAACUUGUUACAGUUUUACAGGAACAAAGAAAAGAUGAGCCUGAGAAAAAGCUGUGUUUUCAGAAAAUUCUGUUGAAGUUACCGUACUCAUCAUUAUCUUUCUUUUAUCAUAGGCUGGAAAUUUUCUGUUUUAAGUUUAAGAUGUUUUUUUAAAUACAGCAUGUUAGUUUAGAUGCAGUCACAAUCAAUACUUUAGCUUCCACUAACAAUUUUAUUUAUGUUGACAAAAAUACAUGCUGUAAUGCUAUACCUAUUGAACAGAAUUUUAAAGCAGAUCUGGGAUGUUGGACUGUAUAAGUUAAAAUAAUAUAUUUGUGAUGAUUUAUGUACCCACAAUCCAUCCAUGUAAGGUGAAAAAAAUAUAUGUAUAUAUUUUUACAUUAACCCUUAAAGACAUUGAACUACUUUGUGGGGAUUUCCAAAUACAUUUUUCUCUACAAUGUAACCUUUCUUGAGUAAUGUAUUACUGUUUAUCAUAACAUUAUCCUCUGCAUCCUCACAGUAAAUUCAAACUUAAUAGCAAAACAGAGAAAUUUGAAGAAAAAGUGACUUUUUCAGCAAAUAUACCAUUGAUUGAACAUAAAAAUGAAUGUCUACAACCACUGUCAUUUGUCAAAAUACAUGUGUUUGUGAAUCAAUGUAACAGAAGAUGACAGUGUUUCCACAUUCAUGGAGCUUCUGAGCAUCCAAAUAUGUCAUAUAUGAUAAUGAUGAAAAGCUGAGAAACUGCAUUUUACAUGAAUUAUUCCAAUACAUUGAUAAGAUUAAACCAUAAAGACCCAGUGCUGCUUUUGUGGCAGUUACCAAAUUAAUUUUUCUCUA